AAACCGGGACUGUCCCCGGAAAACGGGGACGUCUGUUCACCCUAAUAUAUAUAAGCUACACAUAUGGAGACUUCUUUGUGCUUUAUUUUCAUAUUUGAACAAUUGAGACUUUUGAGGGCGGUCUUAGAGAUUUUCAGAGGGAGGUGUUUGCCACCACCAUAUAAGUAAGUCCGAUAUGGCAGAAUGGAAACACACCGGCUUCAUCUUCAACAAGCAUGUCUUCGCUGGGUCAAGCUCUUUCUCGAAGCAGGUUAAGUCGACCUGAUGCGAUUCGGGCGCUGAAAUCUCCGCUCUACGAGUUGGAGGUGAGUGUCCUGGUCAUAUACACCGGCGGAACCAUUGGAAUGAAGGAUUCUGGAGGAGGUCUGAAACCAGAACCAAAUGCUCUUUAUUAUUUUCUUCGCACACUCCCUAUUCUGCAUGAUGAGCAGUACGCGGAAGAUACAAAACUGUAUGAGCGCUAUCCGGAGUUCACGCUGGUGCUGCCACCCUCCAAACAGAAACCAAGGGUUGUAUAUACCAUUUUAGAGUACUCUCCCCUCCUCGACUCCUCUAAUAUGACCCCAGAUGACUGGGCUAAAAUUGGAAAAGACAUUGAGAAAUUCUACGAGCAAUACAAUGGUUUUGUCGUCCUGCACGGCACAGACACCAUGGCUUACACCGCUUCUGCCUUAUCCUUCAUGUGUGAGAAUCUGGGAAAGCCUGUCGUCCUCACUGGCUCACAGGUGCCCAUCUAUGAGUUGAGGAAUGAUGGGAGGGAUAACCUCUUGGGGGCGCUGUUGUUAGCAGGACAGUAUAUCAUCCCUGAGGUUUGCCUGUAUUUUUAUCAAAAGUUGUACAGGGGCAAUCGUGUCACCAAAGUGGACGCUGAAAGCUUUGGCGCAUUUACCUCACCAAACCUGCGGCCAUUAGCCAGUCUUGAAGUCGACAUCAUAAUUGACUGGGACAUUGUGUGGCGAUCCUGUACAGUGGACAAAUUCACUGUCAGCACAGAAUUGAACAGUAAUGUGGGUGUCCUGCGACUAUUCCCAGGAAUCACUACUGAUACGGUCAAGGCCUUCUUGCAGCCUCCUAUGGACGGGAUCGUUUUGGAGACUUACGGCACCGGUAAUGCUCCUGACCGCGAUGACCUGCUGGAUGAGAUCAAAAAAGCGACCGAUAGAGGAGUCAUCAUCAUCAACUGCACCCAGUGCCUCCGGGGCACGGUCAAAGGCACAUAUGAAACUGGCCAGGCUCUGUAUAAAGCCGGUGUGAUCGCUGGAGGUGAUAUGACCCCAGAAGCUGCUCUUUCAAAACUCUCCUAUGUGCUGGCAAAAGACCUCAGUACAGAAGAGAAGAAGAAGAUGAUGAGUCAAAAUCUGCGUGGUGAGAUGACAGAUGACCUGGUCGGUCCAAAGCUUUCUCUCAGCGACAGUCGCUUUAUUCAGGUCAUCGCCAAGUCCCUCAGCAGCUGCUGUAAAGAGGAACUUGAUGCCAUAGGAGAUGCACUAACUCCCUCUCUGGCCUGUGCUGCUGCUAAGGUUGGAGACAUCGAAGCUUUGGAGGCCAUAAGGGAAAUGGGCUCUGACUUGAGCAUGGCAGACUAUGAUGGCCGCACUCCUCUCCACGUCGCUGCAUGUGAGGGUCAUCUGAAAGUGGUGGAGUAUCUGCUGAGUAAAGGGGCCACAGUCUACGCCAGAGAUCGCUUUGGUGAUACACCACUUCGCAGUGCUGUUUUCUUCAGGCACAAGGAUGUUGUGAAGUUGCUGAGGAAGACUGGAGCUCAUUUUUCCCGGGAUGAAAUGGUUGAUGCUGGAAUGAAGUUGCACAGUCUUGCAGAGAGUAGCGACUUGGAAGGAUUGGAGAUUUUGCAGCUAGCUGGGGUUGAAGUGGCAAGGGCCAUUGGAUGUGAGUAGACUGUUGAGUUCUUGGGCGGCUCAGUACCAAACAGAUGGCUCAAUAUCAAACUCAGAAUGGCGAGUUUAUCAAGUUUACUGCUUCUCCAAGAUCUUGAGGAGGCCGUCCUGCUAGCUGUCACUUCCUGCCCUUAUCAUAUAUCCACUUUCUUAUUUUUAGCAGACGUACAGUAGAUUUGCCUUACUUAUACAAUUAUACUCUUAUAUGAUGCUAUUUUAAAAGUUCAUAAUUUUGAUUAUUGGGUGUAAUAGAAUAGGUUAAUAUGCUUUAAUGUUCAAAAAACACAUUAUUUCUGACAUAUUGCAGCUUCUCUAUACCCAGUCUGUCUGAAACUGCUCAUUUCUACAAAGCCCCUCCUUCUGAAACCGCUCAUUUCUACAAAGCCCCUCCUCCUAACCAUGCGACUUGAAAGUAUAUAAGGGGUGCCCAGAUAACAUGUCAUCCUCUUUUCGUCUUCAGGGACUGUUAUGUGUGAAACACUAUCGUGGCAAUUUUGAAACGCACAGAGAAAUUAGGAAGUUUAUUAGGUGUGUGGAUCCGUGUCCUCAUUAUCUGGCACUCUCAUGCCAAUACCCUCUGUCUGGAGGGAAGAGCACGCACGGUAAGUUCUCGAGGGAGCUGCCUGUGCAAACUGUGAGCAUUUUCCUUUAAGAAUGCUCCGUUCUCGUCUGGGUCUCUUCUCGAGGGAAGAGAGUUCAGCAUUUGGGCCUGGUGGUUCGGGUCAAAUUCGAUUCUGCAUUUUAAUAUGCAUUCAUAGGGUUGUUGAAAUGCUUCCCUAAAUGCGUCUUAGUCAGGGUAAGAAUUACACAGCAGCCUUCAGGAGGUCAGAGAGUAAGGGCAAAAACAAACAAACAAACAAAAAAACUUUUGUCCAUUGUUAAUGUUAGUUCAACUGCGCACUCUUAUGUCAUUCUUGUUAAUGUUGUAGUUAUUUCAGCAGUUUCCUUGACAUAUUCAGUUAAACGACAUUAAGUUCAUAAUUUCAUUUAUCAUUCAUUGAACUGUGCGUAUGCAUUUAGACACUUACAUUAUGUUUGCUCCAUCCAUGCAAUAAAUGUGCAUCUUGAAACUG